UGUUCCACAGACCUCAAGACAAACACAAAGGUGUCAGUGCUGGAGGGAGACAUUCUGGAUGCCCAGUACCUGAGGAGAGUCUGCCAGGGCAUCUCUGUGGUCAUCCACACCGCUGCUGUCAUUGAUGUCAAAGGGGUCAUUCCCAGACAGACCAUCCUAGAUAUCAAUCUGAAAGGUACCAAGAACCUAUUGGAGGCGUGUGUCCAAGCUAGUGUACCAGUCUUCAUCUUCACCAGCUCAGUUGAUGUGGCAGGGCCCAACUCCUACAAGCAGAUCAUCUUGGAUGGCCAUGAAGAAGACAAUCUAGAAAGUACAUGGUCUGAUCCAUAUCCAUACAGCAAAAAGAUGGCUGAGAAGGCAGUGCUGGCAGCCAAUGGGUGCACCCUGAGAAAUGGUGGCACUUUACAUACUUGUGCCUUAAGGCCCAUGUGCAUUUAUGGAGAAAGAAGUCCAUUCAUUUAUAACACAAUAAUUAGGACCCUGAAAAACAAGGGUAUUAUAGAUUCUAUUGGCAAAUUCUCUAGAGCCAACCCAGUAUAUGUGGGAAACGCAGCCUGGGCACACAUUCUG